AUGUUUGAGGCGAAAGUAAAGAAGCAGAUCAAGUCGAUACAGUUCGGGUUGUUUUCACCAGAUGAGGUGAGAAAUGGAAGUGUUGCUUUGAUCGUGCACCCGGAGGUCAUGGAAGGUGGGGUUCCAAAGACCGGGGGUCUGAUUGAUCUGAGGAUGGGAACGACCGACAGAAUGUAUCUCUGCCAAAGCUGCGGAGGAGAUAACUUCUCGUGUCCAGGGCACUUUGGGCAUAUCGAACUUACAAAGCCUAUGUUCCAUGUUGGAUACAUCUCCAAGAUUAAGAAGGUUCUGGAAUGUGUUUGUUUCUAUUGUUCCAAAAUUAAGAUUCCAAGGAAGGGGAUAAAGUCGACGCUGAGCAAUGUAUGGGGCAUGAGUAAGGGCCGGUCUGUGUGCGAGGGAGAGGUUCUCGACAACGGAAGAAGCGGAUGCGGAAACAAGCAGCCUGUGAUAAAGAGGGAGGGCCUGACUCUUGUUGCCUUUAUGAAAGGAGAAGAAAGCAACGAGGGAAAGGUCAUGCUGAAUGGGGAAAGGGUCUAUAGUAUAUUUAAGAAGAUAAGCGACGAGGACAGUGUGUACAUGGGGUUUGACCUUAAGUACAGCAGGCCUGAAUGGAUGAUACUCACUGUGUUGCUUGUUCCGCCACCUGCAGUACGGCCUUCGAUUGUCAUGGAGGGCUCACUGCGUGGAGAAGACGAUCUCACGCACAAGCUGGCAGACAUUAUAAAGUCGAAUGGAUAUCUGAAGAAGUAUGAGCAGGAAGGGGCGCCAGGGCACAUUGUUCGAGAUUACGAGCAGUUGCUGCAGUUCCAUGUUGCGACAUUUAUAGACAACGACAUCGGCGGGUUGCCUCAGGCGCUGCAGAAGAGUGGAAGGCCGCUGAAGUCGCUGUCUGCCAGGCUGAAGGGUAAGGAAGGAAGGAUCCGAGGGAACCUUAUGGGGAAGAGGGUGGACUUCAGUGCAAGAACAGUGAUAACGCCAGACCCAAACAUAUCCCUGGAGGAGGUAGGGGUUCCUCUUGAGAUUGCAAAGAUCCAUACAUUUCCCGAAAAGGUUACAUCGUUCAACAUAGAUAGACUGGAAAAGCUUGUGAGGGCAGGGCCUAACGAGCAUCCGGGGGCCAACUAUGUGCUCAGGUCUGAUGGGCAGAAGAUAGACCUGAACUUUAACAGGAGCGAUAUACGGCUGGAGGAGGGGUAUGUUGUGGAGAGACACAUGCAGUCUGGAGAUGUUGUUCUUUUCAAUAGACAGCCCUCCCUUCACAAAAUGUCGAUGAUGGCGCACUAUGCCAGGGUGAUGGGCAACAAAACAUUCCGACUGAAUCUCAGUGUUACUUCUCCUUACAAUGCAGACUUCGAUGGAGACGAGAUGAAUCUUCACAUGCCUCAAAGCUACACAUCCAAGGCAGAGCUGGAGGAGCUGGCGCUUGUAUCCAGACAGAUUAUUUCGCCUCAGUCUAACAAGCCUGUUAUGGGUAUUGUGCAGGAUACACUUACGGGCCUGAGGCUGUUUACCUUGCGAGACACGUUUCUAAAUGAGAGGGAGGUUAUGUCGCUGUUGUAUGCAGUGAAUUUGGAGUUCUGCGACAUUCCUCUGGGAGAUGCAGUGCAGACAGGGCUCCGGAAGGGAAAGGACUACGAUAUCAUGAAAAUAUUGAGAAAACCCGCCAUAGCAAAGCCUAUGAGGCUGUGGACAGGAAAGCAGGUACUAAGCUUUGUUCUUCCGAAUCUGAACUACAUCGGGCUUUCUUCGGAGCACGACGAUGAUGAUAAAGAGAAUAUCGGCGACACCAGGGUUAUCAUCCAGGAUGGAUACAUUCAUUCCGGGGUGAUUGACAAAAAGGCGGCUGGAGCAACCCAAGGAGGGCUAGUACACAUAAUUUUCAACGACUUUGGGCCCAAAAGAGCUGCACAGUUUUUUGAUGGGGUGCAGAGAAUGAUCAACGCCUUUAUGACUGGAAUCCAUACCUUUUCGAUGGGAAUAGGCGACACGAUUGCAGAUCCCAAGACGGUGAAGGUGGUUGAGUCUGCGAUCAGAAAAGCAAAGGAAGAGGUGUCUGCUCUCAUUGAGAAUGCGCGGCAGAACCGCCUUGAAAGACUUCCCGGAAUGACGAUGAAGGAAAGUUUUGAGAGCCAUCUAAACCUGGUGUUGAAUAGGGCAAGAGACGUGAGCGGGACAAGUGCACAGAGAAGCCUCAGUGAAAACAAUAACAUGAAGACAAUGGUUCUUGCAGGAUCGAAGGGAUCGUUUAUUAACAUUUCACAGGUGACUGCCUGUGUGGGGCAGCAGAAUGUUGAGGGAAAGCGCAUUCCCUUUGGAUUCUCGCACCGAACACUUCCACACUUUGUAAAAGACGAUUACACUGGCAAGAGCAGAGGAUUUGUUGAGAACAGCUAUUUGACGGGGUUAGACCCGGAAGAGUUUUUCUUCCAUGCAAUGGGAGGAAGAGAGGGGCUUAUAGACACAGCGAUUAAAACGGCAGAGACUGGGUAUAUCCAGAGAAGGCUGGUGAAAGCCCUUGAAGAUGCCAUUGUGAGGCAAGAUGAGAGUGUCCGAAGCGGAAAUGGCCUGGUAUACCAGAUCAAGUACGGGGAGGAUGGGUUUGAUGCCACCUUCCUAGAAUCUCAAAAGGUCGAUGUAAAGAACUUCACAAAGAGAUAUUACAUCGAUAUGUUUGGUACCGAGGAACUGGAAAUUAAGCAUGGACAAGUUUCAGAGGAGGUUUAUGGAAUGCUCUCAUCGGACGUCGAUCUCCAAAAGCUCCUGGACCAGGAAUACGAAUGGCUGGUUGGGGAGAUAUUUGAAGGCCCUCCAAUACUCUCAGUGGGAGAAGUUGAUAUAGAGCGCGACUACAAGGUCAGGGAUAUUUACCAGAGCGCAGUGAUGAGUCCUUGUAACUUCACCCGUAUCUUAGCCACUGCAAAAAGGACAUUUCAUCUUUCCACAGGCGAUGUUUCUCCUUAUUACAUACUUGAAGCUCAUAAGCAUCUUACAACAUCCAACAGGAUCCUAAAUGUACUCAUAAGGACUAAUCUGAGUGUAAAAAGGGUUCUUCUUGAGCAUAGGCUGAAUACAGAGGCAUUUAAUUGGGUUGUGGAAGUGAUAGAUGCAAAGAUUCUGAAGGCCAAAAUAACGCCGAAUGAAAUGGUGGGGACGCUGGCAGCACAGUCUGUUGGAGAGCCUGCAACGCAGAUGACACUGAACACAUUCCAUCUUGCAGGGGUUGCCUCCACGGUGACCAUGGGGGUUCCCAGGCUCAAAGAGAUUUUUAAUGUAACAAAGAACUUGAAGACGCCGUCUAUGAAAAUAUACCUUGAUAGGGAGCAUGGCAAGAGUAUCGAGGCAGCAAAGACAAUCCAGAAUGAGAUUGAAUGCCUCACUGUGAAGGAUCUAUGCCUUUUUUCCGAGAUCUACUACGACCCUGAGAUAACAGGGACUGAGAUUUCUGAUGACAAGGAUUUCGUGGAAGCAUAUUUCGAGUUUCCAGAUGAGGAUGUUGACUUCUCGUGUCUGUCUCCAUUUCUAAUGAGGCUUGUUGUGGAUAGAGCUAAGCUUGUUGGAAGGGGAAUAAAUCUGGAGUAUGUUGCAAUGUUUAUCCGGAAAGAGCUAGGAGGUGGUGCACAUGUUAUCUGCAGUGAUGAGAAUGCAGUCAACAUGGUGGUAAGAGUUCGGACAACAAAGUCUGAGGACGAGUCCUUGAACUUCUACACGACUGCACUCAACUCGUUGCUAAGGCUUCAACUUGGAGGAUACAAGAAUGUUAAGAAAGUUUACAUAAGCGAAGACAAGGAUAGAAAAGAGUGGUAUCUGCAGACCGAUGGGAUCUGCCUCUCUCAGAUUCUAGGGAACCCGGCAGUGAACAGCAGACUUACAAUUUCCAACGACCUGGUUGAGAUUGCGGAGACCUUGGGAAUCGAGGCUGCGCGAGAGUCUAUUCUUAGGGAGCUGACGAUUGUGAUAGACGGAAACGGGUCGUAUGUCAAUUACAGGCACAUGAGCUUGCUAGCCGAUGUGAUGACCAUGAGAGGGUAUUUGUGCGGAAUAACUAGGCAUGGUGUUAACAAGGUUGGUGCCGGAGCACUGAAGAGAAGCUCCUUUGAGGAGACUGUGGAGAUUCUCUUGGAUGCAGCACUGGUGUCUGAAAAGAAUAUAUGCAGAGGAAUAACAGAGAAUAUUAUGAUGGGACAGCUGGCGCCGAUGGGAACUGGAAACAUUGAGAUUAUGCUAGACAUGAAGAAAUUGGACAAGGCCAUCCCUUUGUCAAAUCCCGUAUUUAAGCCGAAUGAGCCUGCUACGCCAGUGAUCAGCACUCCUUCAUCCGAUUCCUUUUCCAUCAGCAGCGGGAACUGGAGUCCCACACAUCUUGAAAUGGCAUAUUCCAGGGAUCUGGGCGAAAGAUUGUCACCUACAAGCCCCUCCUACUCACCGACGAGUCCCUCCUACUCUCCUACAAGCCCUUCAUACUCACCUACGAGUCCCUCCUACUCUCCUACAAGCCCUUCAUACUCACCGACGAGUCCCUCCUACUCUCCUACAAGCCCUUCAUACUCACCGACGAGUCCAUCAUACUCUCCUACAAGCCCUUCAUACUCUCCUACAAGCCCUUCAUACUCACCGACGAGUCCAUCAUACUCUCCUACAAGCCCUUCAUACUCACCGACGAGUCCCUCCUACUCUCCUACAAGCCCUUCAUACUCACCGACGAGUCCAUCAUACUCAGUGUCGAUGUCUAGCUUCUCAAACAAAAAUAAGAGCAAGAAUCAAGAUGGUGAUAAAAAGAGGAGAAAUGACGGUUCCUUCUAA